AUGCAGAAGCCCAGUAAUGACGCUGUAAACUCUACGUGUUCAGCGAACGCACCCUGUCACGAAGGGACAACCGCCAGGGAUCGUGCAGAGGAUGACCUAGCCGCAUGUCUGCAAGUGGAGAUUCACCGAUUGCGACUACUGGACGCAAUGCCAAAUCAUGCCGAUGUGAUCGUGUCUGUAUACCUUCAUGGAGGCAUAAGUCGCCGUUCGUGCUUGGUAGGUGAAUCUCGGACGGAGCUAGAGUUCGAGUUUGGGCAUGUAACUAAAAUUAUGGAGAUCCCUCGACCUUACUUGUCCCAGGCUGGCAGCGAGAGCGUGGGUGUGCUUCUGAGAUCAAAGCGCAUGUUUAUGGGCCUAGGGCGCCGAAGAAUUUGGGGCUCUUCUUCUAACACAAAUAAUGCGAGUGAUGCGUCCAACGGCGCUAAGGGCAGUGCGGCUAGAACGAAUUUCGGUACACAGAAUGAAGAUACUAGCCGCGCUUCAGUGCCACAGAGAGGGCCGCUGGAAUUUACUGUUUGGCUAGACAAUGGGAAGGAUCGUGUUUGCGCAGGCAAAUGUACAUAUACCCUUAGCCAGUUGGACCCUGUGCUGGCAUGCGAGUCUGUGUGGCUGCCGAUCCUAACGGAGCAGGGCCUCUUGCACAGCGGGUUGCUGGUGAGCUUGGAUCUUGUGCGUGAUGAGAAGCAUCUUAAACCGAUUGACCAGCAAGACUUGGAACAGUACAUGAACUUGCUGCCGGCGAAUGAGCCUGUGGGCAUGGUGGAAGAAAAUGAGGAUAUCGUGGACGAAGGUAUUUCAGAAACGAGUGCUGAUGGCGAAGAUGAUGGGAUAGGAGGUGUUGGUGUUGGCGAUGGCGUUGACGAUGGUGGUAGUAUGGCCUCCCCCAUGGGCCCACCAUUCUCAGGGAUGCAUGCCCUUGGUUUGAACAAUCGUGACGGCGACGAGUCCUGGCCCAUCCCUACUGGAGAUGGCGGUGCAUUGAUACGACGGCGGCCGCCAGUGCAGCGACCGCGCCUUGAGCCGAAAGUCUCGACAGCCUCACCAAUUGUCGAUUUUGUGAAUUUGAGCGAUUCGGAUACACUGUCAGUGGAGACAGGUGAAAAUCGACGCGUUUCGUGGCGACCUCGAGCGAGGCGAUUGGGCUUGGCAAAGCUCCGACCACGAUCAUAUUCAGCCAGUCAAUCCGGAAUAGCACAAGAGUCAGAUGCAAAGCGGGUGGCCAGACUUACGCCGCAUGACUAUGCGUUUUGGGGAAAUCCUGGCCAUGGCGUGCAGGGCAUUGUCAUGAUGGAAAUUAAGGGUGCACGCGACUUGCCCCGCUGGCAAAACUUGACGCAUACGUCGUUUGACAUGGAUCCCUUCGUGGUGGUGUCUUUUAAUCGCAAAGUAUUUCGCACACGUGUUUGCCGUCAUACAUUGAAUCCUGACUGGCGUGAGAAACUUUAUUUUCAUGUCCACAGUCGUGAAAUGAGCUACAGUGUGCGCUGUGCUGUGUAUGAUUGGGAUAAUAUCUCGUCGAACGACUAUGUGGGAGAAGUAAGCCUUGACAUAAGCUCGCUUAUGAAUGCUACCAAGCACUCAACGGCAAACGACACGUUAUCACAGGAUGAAGGAGAUGAGAACGAUGCGUCACACAUGGUCACGUUCGACUUGCCGCUACAACGCGAGGGUCAUGAUGAGGAUGCCAAAUUUGGUAAAGGCAAAGCGCGACCGAGACUGCAGCUGGACGCCGUGUAUCGACCAUACGCAGUGCUACGUCGGCGCUUUUGGCGGGAAAUGCUUCGCUUGUAUGAUACCAAUGACACUGGUGGCAUUGACAUUGACGAGCUGCAAACCAUGCUUCUGAGUCUCGGCAGCACACUCACGACUGAGACGCUGCUGGGCUUCUUCAAUCGCUUUGGGAAGCAACCAUUCGGAGACGAGCUUACGAUGGACGAGGGUGUGCGGGUACUAGAAGAUGAACUGCACAAGCCGUGGACAGAACGACGUGCGUGCACGCUGCCACCAGACAUGGAAGCUGAAGAAACCGACGAUACACCUGAUGUGGAGCGUGUGAUUCGUCUGCGAGCUUGCCCCUUGUGCCACAUGCCCCGUUUGUCCCAUGCAGAUGAGCGUGAUAUCGUCGCACACCUUGCACUAUGUUCGUCGCAGGAGGGACGCGCCGUGGACGACAUCAUGGUCUCGAACUUUGUGACGGCAACGCAGGCGCGCCGUAAGUGGUAUACAAAUAUGUUUCGCACGGUAAGCCAGGGCGUAUACCGAAUCGGUGCAAACAGUGCAAACAUUCUGGUGCAGGACCGUAUAAGUGGCCAGCUAGUGGAAGAAAAAAUGCAGGUGUAUGUGCGGCUUGGCAUCCGACUCUUAUACCAGGGAGCAAAGAGUCGGAUGGAGGGGGCACGCGCACGCCGCAUGCUCCGAAACAUGUCGCUGAAGCAAGGGGCGAAGUAUGAUCACCCAAGCAGUGUGCGAGCAAUCAAGCCGUUUGUCAUGUUUCACGGGAUCGACGAGAAUGAAAUGGUGGAAUCAGUUUCUUCGUUUGCGACAUUCAAUGAUUUUUUCUGCCGCCGAAUCCGAAUGGAGCUUCGGCCCCUCGCUGAGCCAGGGAAUCCCGGCUGCAUGGUGAGCUGUGCAGACUGUCGCCUCAUGGUAUUCAACCGUGUUGAUCGAGCGAUGCAGCUUUGGAUCAAAGGGCGCCAGUUUUCAGUAGAUAAGCUGCUGGGCGGUAAGGUGUCUCAGAAAACUUGGCCGGAUACGACCAGCCUUGCACUCGCCAUCUUUCGGCUUGCGCCACAGGACUACCACCGGUUCCACGCACCCGUCGAUGGUGUCGUCGGCGAAAUGACUCGGAUCAGUGGCGAAUACUAUACCGUCAAUCCCAUGGCGAUUCGCAGUGCGAUUGAUGUCUAUGGCGAAAACACGCGCGUCGUGAUCCCAAUUUCCACACGCGACUUCGGCGACGUGUAUCUUGUUGCCAUUGGCGCUAUGAUGGUCGGCUCCAUCAUUCUGACCGUAUCACCACAACAGCACGUAAAGCGGGGUUACGAGCUUGGCUACUUCAAGUUCGGGGGCAGUACACUGGUACUUCUCGUUGAUGGUGCACGCAUCCGCUGGGACGACGACCUGCUCAUCAACUCUAAUACGUGCAUCGAAACGCUCGUGCGAGUAGGCAUGCGGAUUGGCGUGACGCCGCCCGCCACCUCUGUCGCCCUGUCUGUCUCGGCCGAUCGAGAUGUGACAAAUACGCGUGCUUCUAAUGGGUGCUCUACGUUCCAACACGUACGAUGA